AUGUAUCAAAGACGUCCAGAGGUUGGUAGAAAGGCUCAUCGCGUUAUCUCGUUUCCUCGGAGUGUCGGCAGAAAAAGCCCUCCCCUUUUUCAAUCUAAUGAGGAAAGGAAUGGCGUUCGAAUGGACCCCUGCGUGCGAAGAAGCAUUCCAACACUUCAAAGAGAUCCUGGCAGCACCACCCGUGCUCGGGAGGCCCAAAAACGGAGAACCGCUCUACCUAUACCUGGUCAUAACGGAAGGAGCGCUUACAACAGUCCUGGUACGGGAAGAAUGAAGGACCCAACAGCCAAUCUACUUCGUGAGCAGAGCGCUACACGGAGCGGAAACGAGGUACAACAAACUAGAGAAACUAGCACUGGCGCUUUUGACCUCUUCCCGCAGACAAAGCAAUACUUCCAAGGCCACCAAAUCGUAGUGAGAACAGAUCAAGGAAUCCGCCAGAUACUUCAAAAACCCGACCUAGCGGGAAGGAUGAUGACUUGGACCAUCGAACUCUCCCAAUACGACCUACGAUACGAGUCCCGGCACGCAAUCAAGGCACAGGCAAUGACCGACUUUCUGGUAGAAGUAACAGGGAACCCCACCGAGGAACCGGACACACGGUGGAGCCUCCACGUGGACGGAGCCUCCAACCAAAAGUCCGGAGGAGCCGGGGUGAUCUUGGAAAGUCCAGACGGGGUCGUAUACGAGCAAUCGAUCAAGUUUGAGUUUCCAAUAUCGAACAACCAAGCGGAAUACGAGGCCCUUCUAGGGGGUUUGGCCCUAGCUCAUGAAGUGUGUAGCGACUCGCAGGUUGUCACCUUGCAGGUAAACGGGAGCUACCAGGCCAGAGACUCGCUGCUACAAAAGUACCUGGAAAAGGUUAAAGAACUGAACAGCCAGUUCGAGGAGAUCACGAUCCAACAUGUCCCGAGGGAAAGAAACACACGAGCAGACCUCCUCUCCAAGUUAGCAAGCACAAAACCAGGAGUAGGCAACCGAUCUCUCAUCCAAGGCAUGCUAAAGGAACCAGCAGUUACCCUCCACCUGACAGGGGCAAACCCCUCCUGGUUGGACCCAAUCGUCGACUUCCUCAAGAGCGGCAGACUCUCUGACGACGAGAAAGCAGCCAAAGCAUUGAGAAGGGAGGCAGCCAAGUACACAACCAUACAGGGACAACUUUUCAAAAAGGGACUCAGCCAGCCCCUAUUAAAGUGCCUACAUACCGAGCAAACGGACUACGUGCUCUGGGAGGUCCAUGAAGGAUGCUGUGGCCACCAUAUCAGGGGCAAAGCCCUAGCAAGAAAGCUCAUCCGAGCUGGAUACUACUGGCCAUCAAUGAUAAAAGACUCCCAGGAGUUUGUAAAGAAGUGCACCAAGUGUCAAGAGAACGCCAACUUCCACAGAGCACCAGCGUCCGAGCUAAGCCUACUCACGACAUCCCGACCUUUCGCCCAGUGGGGAGUCGACAUCCUCGGUCCUUUUCCGGUGGGCUCAGGACAAGUUAAAUACCUCAUAGCCGCCAUCGACUACUACACCAAGUGGAUAGAAGCCGAAGCACUACCCAGCAUAUCCUCAGCCAAUUGUAGAAAAUUCUUGUGGAGGCAGGUGAUAACUCGAUUCGGCAUCUCAAAAGUCGUUAUCUCGGACAACGGGACGCAAUUCACCGACAAGAAGUUCAUAGAAUUCCUCAACGGCCUGGGUAUAAAACAGAAAUUCUCCUCGGUAGAGCACCCCCAAACAAAUGGACAGGUCGAAUCCGCAAAUAAGGUGAUCUUACAGAGUCUCAAAAAGCGACUGGGCUGCAAGAAAGGUGCAUGGGCCGAUGAGCUCGCUUCAAUCCUUUGGUCCUACCGUACAACCGAGCAGUCCACCACCGGAGAAACUCCUUUCCGCCUGACAUACGGAGUAAACGCAAUGAUACCCGUAAAAAUCGGCGAACCAAACCCGCGACUACUCCUGAAAGGGGUAGAAGAAGCAGUGGAGAAAGACCUGAUAGAUGAGGCAAGGGAGAUGGCGCAUCUGGCAGAAGUAGCGCUAAAGCAAAGAAUAGCCCUGCGUUAUAACGCCAACGUACUCAAAAGGGAGUUCAAAAAAGACGACCUGGUCUUGCGACGCAACGACAUAGGACUCACGACUCAAGGGGAAGGAAAGCUCGCGGCGAAUUGGGAAGGACCCUACAGGGUCAAAGAGGUCCUAGGCAGAGGCGCGUACAAGUUGGAAAAACUUGACGGUAGGGAGAUACCGAGAACUUGGAAUAUAGGUAACUUAAGAAGGUUUUAUUCCUAG